GCUAAAAAUUUCCAAACGUGUCAUUUUCAUCGAUUUGUUUAGAAUUUAGAUAUGAUAAGAUGCUUGUCGGUUACAGUCCAACCGUGCAAGCCCUCUUUGGAACCCUGUUCACGUGGGGGUUAACUGCAUUGGGAGCUGCACUGGUAUUCGUCUUCAAGAGAGGCCGUCGAAAGAUACUUGAUGGAAGUCUUGGCUUUGCCGCCGGGGUGAUGACUGCAGCCUCUUACUGGUCGUUGCUUGCCCCAGCGAUUGAGAUGGCAGAAAAUUCUGGAAGCUAUGGCUCAAACGGAGAAUGGGCAUUUGUACCUGUUGCCAUUGGUUUUGCAGUGGGAGCUGCAUUUGUGUAUGCUGCUGAUAUACUCAUGCCAAUGUUUGGGAUCGUUGAUCCAAAUCUUGCCCUUGCUCUGGAGAGUGAGCCAAAGAAAGAAACAGACUCAAAUGAUGACCUCAACUCUAUUGGAACAGUUGAAGACGGAAAUGUGAAAGGUGUCUACCCUAUGUCCACAACAACUGCUACAAAACGCCGCUUGACAGAUACUCCACCAAACUCUGUGAUAAAUGAUGGCAUUUACUCCGAGCCUGAAAAGAAGCAAAACACAGCUAGUUGGCGGCGAAUUUUACUCUUAAUUGUGGCAAUAACUGUACAUAACAUUCCUGAGGGUCUUGCAGUGGGGGUCGGAUUUGGUGCGAUUGGGAAGUCGUCAAAGGCUACUUUUGAAAAUGCACGGAAUCUUGCCAUUGGUAUAGGUAUCCAAAAUUUCCCCGAGGGGCUGGCAGUUAGUUUACCAUUGAGGGGAGCAGGACUCUCUGUCUGGAAAAGUUUUUGGUAUGGUCAAUUAAGUGGUAUGGUUGAACCAAUAGCAGGUUUGAUUGGUGCCUUUGCUGUCUCAGUGGCUGAGCCCAUUCUCCCGUAUGCUCUUGCCUUUGCUGCUGGUGCCAUGAUCUAUGUUGUGGUCGAUGAUAUCAUUCCUGAGGCUCAACAAGGAGGCAAUGGCAAAAUAGCUUCCUGGUGGACGAUAGUAGGCUUCCUAGUCAUGAUGUCGUUAGACGUUGGUCUAGGUUGAUCCAGGAAUAUCAGUUAGGUUAAUGAGAAAGGUAGAGAACAUCUGUCCUGCUGAUCAAGUCGGGAGUUCAGAAUAAAAUUUGUUGUUAGAACUGUCAGGAAAAUGUCGAUGAAGUAUAUGUCAUUUAAUCAUCAGAUCCCGCCCAGGCAGCUCGGAUCUCGCCCAGGCAGCUCUGAUUAUUUUCCCUUUCCGACGUAUUGCUCAUCACUUAGUAGGGUAACAAAAUAGCAUCACAGAUUAUUUUCAAUUUUCUAGAGGUUAAUUUAUUCUCCUAUGGUACUACGCAUGUACAUCCCGACUCUCAUGCAUUUGCAUCACUACCAUCGAGCUCCACAAACCCAUGACGGAUUCCAUCGAUUUUCCUGUUUUCUUGGCACGCUCUGGGUGCGUGACCCAAUCACAUCGCUGGUUUGAAAACUUAAAGAGGGCAAAGGUCAACGCUGAUCGCACGUUGUCCAACCUCGUCGCCUGUUUUGGCAACGGACCAACUAAUGCAAUUGUUAGUGUAUUUUUAGAAUCCGUUUAAUGGGCACAGGGUUGUAGGCAGAAAUUCAUUCAAGAAAUUCAAGACAAAAACUAGCUUUAACUUCUCAAAUUCUAAGGUACUUUUCCUCUACCUGUUUCCCCUGCGCCAUGGCAAAACAUGAAUUAUCACAAUUUUAAAUUGUGUUGUCGUGGAUAUUUCAAAUCGUAUUGUUGCUCAGAAUUCGAUACAACUGAAGUUGCUGAGAUCAUUGUUCUGAUUGGUCCAAAAUCGAGGCUACUUACCUGGGCCAAAAAACAGCUUCUGAGUUGGAAAAUGUCAAUGGUUUGGGUGAGUGAUUUAGCGAUCUCAAAAAAUUGCAGGUCAAGAUGAUGUUACAAUCAAUCACAACGGUCUCCACUUAAAGACAAAAUCAUUGUAUGCGAUUUUGCUCAGGCAUAACUAUUAAUGGUGGUGAUUACUUUUGAAGUUGUUCAAGUAGGCAGCAGGGGUAAAAGCGUAUUAUGUAAUCACCUGUCCUCCCUUCCAUUUGCCAGACUAACUGCGAUACGACAACCAAAAUACAUGCUACCAUUGCCAAAGUUGUUUUAGCCCGCUUAAUAGGCCAAGUUCGAUUUUAAGUGCAAUUCGAUUCCUCAUUUGGCUACCAGGGAGCUUUUUGUAAAAAACUAAAAAUUACUGUUUGUUAAUCAUGCUUUAAGCUAGGGUGCUCCAAUUAUAUCUUAGGUAUAUCUAUUGAGGAUACAUCAUAUAUAAUACGGGUGUUUGAAUUGGCCUUGUUUAAAGGGAAAACUUGGUCAAAUGGCGGAAAAUGGUUGAUUCCUUAUUGGUGCCCUUGUCAGCGCUCUGGCGUCAUCAUGUUUUGGACGGAUCCUUUCAAUUUUUCAUAUGUAUGUAUAUGACCCUAAAAUGUAGGUCGAGUUCGAUUUUUGGUGCGAUGUGAUUCUUAGUUUGCCAACUAGGUGGCUUUUUCUGAAAAACUUGAAACUGGUCUAGCUCCCAUAUCCUUUGAGGUAUACAUGUAUAUCCCUUGAGCUAUGAUGCUCAUAUUUCUACUAUAGGUGCAGCUACUAAAGGUACAUCAUAUAUAUUAGUACAUAUUUUUGUUUCUACCGAAUUCCAAAACAUCCCCCCCCCGAAUUCCUACUGCCAAGCGGGCACAGUGCCCUUGGCAUUAUUUUUGUAGGUAGCCGGUGAAACUUUCUUGAUAGAGGUUAAACUUUAAGACGCUUGUGAAAAUCAAUUGUCAACAGCUCCAAAAUUCUGUUCCCCAUGCCUGGGAGUUGGAAAUGAUGGUAGCAAAUGAUAAUUUUAGUCGCUUAGUAACUUUAAAUGUACGACUAGAAUUUAACUUCAACUUUCGCACUUUUCGCCAUAGGAGCCUUCCAUCUGGUAGUAUGUGCUAUGCAUCUGAGUGGGAAGGGAAUAGAAGGGGUUUGAAAAUUUUGGCAUUGCUUCACAUCUCCCUGGUAAAAGUGCUUGUAGAUUUUUACCAUUUUAUGGGGAGCAGGCGGAGAUGUAUCUAAAAAUCCAGACUUAUGCAUACUACUAAAUGAUUGGCCCCAUACAGCUUAAUCUACUCGCAGCUACUUGUAACCAAGAUCAUUGCCAUGUCCUGGCCUCGGAGCAGCCAAGGACAUGAAAAGUCAUGCACACCCUGGAGAAUCAAUUCCCAACAUUGCCAAGCAUCUUAUCAGGCCUUCCUGUUUGCCGAGUGCGUGUCCUGGGAAAGGUAAAUUUAAUUAAUGAAGUUAGAAAAAAUGCGUUGUUGAGUCUUUCAACGAAAUUUGUUCAUCUGGUGAUAAGAUUCUUCAAACAUGAUUUGCAUCAAAUAAAGAGAAAAAUUCACUGCUGGUUUGUCCUAUGGAAAGCGAACAAAUUGUAAAAUAUGAAUGGAUGGAUUUUUAGCGUGCACCACAGAGUAUUAAACCUGCUGGUUAAUUUACCUUGAAAUUUAUUUCAUUCUCCAGGGUGAUGCAUGUCAAGCAUAUUCUGCUUACCAAUAUUAUUAUACUGAAACUGGAAGGUUUUUUUUAGAUUAGAAAAAUUUGUUGUCUUCCCCAAUUGUUGUCCACAAUGUAUAAGAAGUCUCUGAGCAGAUUUGUCAAAAAUGUUAAGCUGAAAUUGAUUGAUUGAUUGAUUUAUACUUGACAAAUACUUCCUAUCUUUUGAACUGCUUGCCCCACAGCUGAACAUUCCUGGGCCGAUGACCCACAGUCUAUUCACGUUCAUUGAAAAAACUUAUUCAUACUUCAUAAAGCAUGUAUCAGUCAAGAAGCACCUGUAAAAAUGUGUUUGAUAGACCAAGUCAAAAUCCUCAAUUGAGAUAUGUUUUCAUGGAUAAACUUUAUUAAAAAUGUGAUGCACUUAAACGGCUAGUGCACAAGAUGGGAUUUGCAUGGGAUUAAAUAACAUUUCCAGCUCCAGUCAACGAGUUGGGUAACUGAGGUUAUCUCUGAACUGAUGGUAUUUGCUAUGAUCAGCCAGUACAAACCAAGAAUGGGUACUCAUUAACCUGUGAUAUUUACGUUGUCUAUUUUUUUAGUCCAGUCAAAAUAUGAAAAAGGCCUAACCACCACUAAUUGCGAAUAGUGGUGGGGGGUCUAGUCAUAAUUUGACUGGACUAUUAGAAUACACUACAGGGUGUGUCAAUGAAAAUGGUACACUUAAAAGACUGCAGUUGUUUUUUGGUACACCCAGUAAUUCUGACAAUGCAUUUCUAUGAAGGUACCGACUGGACAGUUGCAGCAUCAAAAUCAGUAUUCGGCGAUUGGUCAUGGUGUACGAGAAGGGUGUGAAAAGUGGCUUGCGCGAAAGAAGAAGUGAGAAAGAACGGCACAGUGAUUUCGUUUUCUGCAUGGUGAUGCAAGCCCAAAUCCGGUGCAAGUCCUUUUCGACACCUUUUCUCUGAACAGCUAUUGUGAAUGACUUACAAGUUUGGUUAGUCAGAUGGUGUGGUUUCUGAAGUCAAGCAACACGUUUACCUUGUGUCCAUAAAAUAUGAUGAAGAAUGCACAGCCAUUUUCUGAAGUGUAUAAUUUUUAUUGUUACACUCUAUAGUGCAAUCUGUGAUUAUUUACCACUUUUGCAGGUUUGAGCAGGAACCAUUCUGUUAGUCGGUCCAUUACCUCCCCUUGGUGUAAUGGAGUCUGGGUCGGCGGAGUUGAUCCAAGGCUUGAGGGGUCAAGAUGAGCAUGAACUGGAAGCCUCAGGUUGUUUCGGCCAGCUACUUCUUCUUCAUAGCGGGUAGAUAUAUUGAGACGGUUUAUAACCGACUAGAUGUUUUCUUCACAAAAAAAUAUACUCGGUGCAUUCAAAAAUACUUUAAAAAAAAUUAUUGCAGUGAUACAAUGUAGGUGACCAACACGUCAUUGACGGUGCUAUUUCAUGUGAACAGUUUGAUAAACAUAAGCAUUCAAAACCACUAUAUCUUCUGUUUCUGCGAAUUUUUUACUCUCUGAAGUAUCUCUGUAUGUUAUGAGUGAAUGCACCCCAUUUGAUCAGUAUCAAAUAAUGUGCGCAUUACCUAAUGAUAUGCUGUUGGCAAGCAUAUACACCGGUAAAAAUGGUGAUGCGAGUUAAAAAAACAUUGACACCAGCUGGGAAAUUGACAGGGAGUUAAGGUUAGUUCACUUUCCCAUGCUUGUUAGAUGUAGCAAACUGACCAGAAGAGAUAGCUAGUUUGAAUGAACGUAGCUUGGAUUUGCAACUCUCAUUUUAUAUUCACUACACCUGAAUACAUGAGGUUUCUACUAUCAAUGGUGCCUCAUUUGAGGAUAUUGGAUGUGCUCAGUACAAAGAUAGUAGAAAUCUUUUUACCAGUAAACAGGGGUAGAUCAUAUUCAAUCUGUCAUUCAAGCUGGUGAUGAAGAUGUUCUUGCUCUUGUUCAUCAUCUAAAAUUAUUAGCAUGACAAGUUUGCUCCAUCUGGCAAGUGUAAGGAAAUCGCUUUGCCCAAAAUCUGUUGAUUUCCCACAUGUGCUGCCAUUUAUUCCGGCGUAUAUGCUUGCCAACAGCACAUAUAUUUGAUAUCAUCCAUAUUCUUUGAUAUUGACAAUGGGAGAAAUGUAGAAGUUAUUGUAAUGUGGGUUUCUUUGGGUUAUGGAAAGUCUGAAUAUUCUCAUUUUGAGUUCAGCAGUUUUGUAUUACAGUAGUAUAGUAACACUAUUAAAUACUAGAUAUUUUACUAUUGUUGAGGUUGAUGGUGAAUAAAUUUUUCUU